CACCAUUUCAGCCCCAGUCGGCUGGUCCCUUCUCAAGUAUGCGGUAGUACCAGGGCAGGUGCGACAUCCAAGAUGGCGGAUUCGGCCGAGAAGACGUCGCGAAAACCUUCCAACACAGCGUUUAAACAACAACGACUAAAAGCUUGGCAACCGAUUCUGACUGCGUCCACAGCCUUGCCUGUCUUCUUCAUCGUCGGAGUUGUUUUCGUACCCAUCGGAGCGAUUCUACUUGUCGCUUCUGAUGGGGUCCAAGAAAAAGUUAUAGAAUACACAAAAUGCAACAGUACUACAACUAAUGAGGGCUGUGACGCAUUCUUCAAGAAAGUCAACAACUCCGGAAAAGUUUGCCAUUGUAAAAUAGACUUCAGCCUUGCCAGCAAGUUUUCAGGAGAUGUAUAUAUCUACUAUGGAAUGUCCAACUUCUACCAGAACCACCGGCGCUAUGUCCGAUCACGAGAUGACUUGCAAUUGAAUGGCCAGCUGCGGACAUCUGUCAACAAAGACUGUGCACCAUUUAACAAAAAUGCCAGCGGGACUCCAACGGCCCCAUGUGGAGCAAUUGCCAACAGCCUUUUUAAUGACUCUUUCAAGUUCUUCUACAAGAAAUCCUCGUCUGACAUAAUACCACUUGAUCUUACCUACAAGGACAUUGCAUGGGAGUCUGACCGGGAAGUCAAAUUUAAAAACCCUUCAGGGAACUUGGAGUCAGCCUUCAGUAAGUACUCCAAGCCCCGAGAUUGGCAAAAGCCUGUCUAUGAAUUGGACAAGAAUGAUAGCAGCAACAAUGGCUUCCUGAACCAGGACUUUAUUGUGUGGAUGAGGACGGCCGCAUUCUCCACCUUUCGCAAGCUUUACAGGAAGGUGGUGGCCACGGAUCCAUUCAAAGAGGGACUGCCCAAGGGUGAUUACACUGUGGAGAUUAACUAUGCAUACCCUGUUGGGAGAUUUGAUGGCGAGAAGCGUAUCAUCAUCAGCACAACCUCUUGGAUAGGUGGCAAGAACCCUUUCCUGGGCAUUGCAUACAUCACUGUUGGCAUUCUCUGUAUUGUCCUUGGAGUCUGCUUCCUGGUGAUACAUCUCAAGUUUGGCAAAAGGGGAUACAUGACAAGCGAUGGUGUCCCUCUUCAAGAAAUACGUAACUAACACAGUAAAACCUCUCUCUGUAGUCUUGAUUCAACUUUUGAAUUCCUAUCAUCUCAAAGACCUUAAAGUUCUAUAUAAGUCCCCUACAAGCAUGCUAUUUGUCUACUGUAUCUUGUAAUACCUGUUCAUCAUACUACAGUAAACUAAAUGCAAAUUCAAACUCUUUUCCUUGCUAAAAUUCAGUAAAUCCUUUAUAAUGAAAAUGGUUAGCUAGAGUAAACAGAAAGGAGGAUAUUUUUCAAAAUUAAGAAUUUUCUCUAUAGACCAUGAAAACAGUGUUCUGUUAGUAAGACAUAAACGGUCUUUUAGCAAUGAUCAUGCAGAUCUCUCUUAAAA